GAACUGAAAGGAGGAAAUACACUGACUAAUGCACCAGAGUGAGAUUGAUUCCUGCAUUGUGUGAUCUUUACAUACCUGGACCAUGCAUUUGCUCCUUGGUUUCAUGCUUUAAGAACCCGUGCAGUGAUUGUGAAGCUGUUGGGAAGCCAUGGCAUUCUUUACUCCGUGGAAACUAUCUUCUCAGAAACUUGGCUUUUUUCUGGUGACUUUUGGCUUUAUUUGGGGAAUGAUGCUUCUGCAUUUUACUAUUCAACAGCGAACUCAACAUGAAAGCAGUUCAGUGCUUCGUGAGCAAAUAUUGGAUCUCAGCAAAAGAUAUAUCAAAGCAUUGGCAGAAGAAAAUAGAAAUGUGGUUGAUGGGCCUUAUGUUGGGACAAUGACAGCAUAUGAUCUAAAGAAAACUCUUGCAGUCUUACUGGAUAAUAUCUUGGAGCGUAUUGGCAAGCUAGAGUCCAAGGUGGAAAACCUUGUAAUUAACGGCACAGGAGCAAACUCUACCAACAGUACCGCCACUGCAGCUCCCAGCUUAGGAGCAGUUGAAAAGCUCAACGUAGCAGAUCUCAUUAAUGGAGCCCAGGAACAGUGUGAAUUGCCUCCUAUGGAUGGCUUCCCUCACUGCGAGGGCAAAAUAAAGUGGAUGAAAGAUAUGUGGCGAUCGGAUCCAUGUUAUGCAAGUUACGGUGUGGAUGGGUCGACAUGCUCCUUUUUUAUUUACCUCAGUGAGGUUGAAAACUGGUGUCCUCAUUUACCUUGGAGAGCAAAAAAUCCUGAUGAAGAAACUGAUCAAAAAGCAAUGGCUGAAAUCCAUACCAACUUUGAUCUCCUCUACAAAAUGAUGUCAAGGCAUGAAGAAUUCCGAUGGAUGAUGUUGCGCAUCAGACGAAUGGCUGAUGCUUGGAUUGAAGCAAUUAAGUCACUUGCAGAAAAGCAAAACCUGGAGAAAAGAAAACGAAAAAAAAUCCUUGUUCAUUUGGGACUUUUAACAAAGGAAUCCGGAUUCAAGAUCGCAGAGAAUGCAUUUAGUGGUGGCCCACUUGGUGAAUUAGUCCAAUGGAGUGAUUUAAUUACAUCUCUCUACUUACUGGGCCAUGACAUUAGGAUUUCAUCUUCACUGGCAGAGCUCAAGGAGAUUAUGAAGAAGGUUGUAGGUAACAGAUCUGGCUGCCCCACCCAGGGAGAUAAAGUGGUAGAACUCAUUUACAUUGAUAUUGUGGGACUUACUCAGUUUAAGAAAACGCUUGGUCCAUCAUGGGUUCAUUACCAGUGUAUGUUACGAGUACUGGAUUCGUUCGGGACUGAACCUGAGUUUAAUCAUGCUCAUUAUGCCCAGUCUAAAGGCCACAAGACGCCGUGGGGGAAAUGGAACCUUAAUCCACAGCAGUUUUAUACAAUGUUCCCUCACACUCCAGAUAACAGCUUCCUUGGGUUUGUGGUGGAGCAGCAUCUGAAUUCCAGUGACAUUAAACACAUUAAUGACAUCAAAAGGCAGAAUCAGUCACUUGUUUAUGGCAAAGUAGAUAACUUCUGGAAGGAUAAGAAGGCUUAUUUGGACAUCAUUCAUACCUACAUGGAAGUCCAUGGAACCGUCCACGGGACAAGUACUGUCCAUAUGCCCAGCUACGUGAAAAACCAUGGCAUCCUUAGUGGGCGAGAUUUGCAGUUUCUGCUGAGAGAAACAAAAUUGUUUGUUGGACUUGGAUUUCCAUAUGAAGGGCCUGCUCCCCUAGAGGCUAUUGCUAAUGGAUGUGCUUUUCUAAAUCUAAAAUUUAACCCACCGAAAAGCAGCAAAAAUACAGACUUUUUCAAAGGCAAGCCAACACUCCGAGAGUUGACAUCUCAGCAUCCUUAUGCUGAGGUUUACAUUGGGAAGCCUCAUGUCUGGACUGUGAACAUCAAUGAUCCUUCUGAGGUGGAGAACGCAGUGAAAGCAAUUUUAAAUCAAAAGAUUGAACCUUAUUUGCCCUAUGAAUUUACAUGUGAGGGGAUGCUACAAAGGAUGAAUGCAUUCAUUGAAAAGCAGGAUUUCUGUCACGGGCAAGUGAUGUGGCCCCCAUUAAGUGCACUGCAGGUAAAAAUUACUGAACCCGGAAAAUCAUGUAAACAAGUUUGUCAGGAAAACCAACUCAUCUGUGAGCCAUCCUUCUUCCAGCACCUUAACAAAGACAAGGAUCUGCUGAAGUAUAACGUGGAAUGCCAUACUGUUGAAUCUGCAAAUGAUAUCGUGGUCCCAUCUUUUGAUGAAAGCAGGAAACACUGCAUUUUUCAGGGCGAUCUUUUGCUGUUCAGCUGUGCAGGAUCCCAUCCAAACCACAAACGAAUCUGCCCCUGCAGAGACUAUAAUAAGGGACAGGUUGCACUUUGUAAAGAUUGUCUAUAG